AUGACAGACCCUAUGCUGGACUCCGUGAGCCCCGACGAUAUAACCGAAACUGCACAACAAAAACUCGGCUACACGUUCAUGAACAAGGCGAACGCUUUCCGGGCAAUCAAACACGCGAAAAACCCUUUCGGACCUGGCUUCGUGAACGAUUCUCUUGCCGUCAUAGGUUCUGUAAAGAUGGCGAAUGUCUUGUGCAACUGGUGGUCCCUCAGACCGGAUUUCUACGGUCAAGAAUCGGCAGCCGAAUGGACUAUGGUCACACAUGAUAAGUUGGGCUUAACUGCACUGGCGAACUUGGCGAGGUCUUUAUCCCUGGAUUCCUGUCUUCGCAAUCCUAAAAUGUUUACUUUUGCGGAUCUUAGGUUCCCUCUUAUGGUUGAGAAAACGUUGGCGAAUAUGACCAAGGCAAUUAUGGGUGCAGUCUUCCUGGAUGGUGCGGAAGAGGCGUUCGUUGGGGUUAUGAAGAAACUCCAGUUUGAUCAGCACGAGUCCGGAUAUCUAGGGGCACUGUACCCAACCUCGGUGAUCAAAACUGAAGAACCGUAUAUAACAUAG